AUGGCACUUGUUCAGAAGCUGAACGAUGAUGGCAAGACAUUUGCUGAUAUUGCAGACUAUGUCUUGUCCACUGUGCUAGCUGAAGCAAGUCACAGCACCCGUGUUGACAUUGUUUUUGAUGUAUAUAAUGAGGCUUCUAUCAAACACAUGGAGAGAGUGGCCAGAGGUGCAGACUCAGGCACAGAGGUCAGACAGAUCACUGCAGGGUACAGAGUUCAGCAAUGGAAGAAGUUCCUACAAAGCAACAACAACAAAACAAAUCUUGCUACCUUCUUGCUCAAAGAGUGGGGCAAAGAACAGUCUAGAACAAGACUCUGUGAAAAGGUUCUGUACACUACAUCCAAAGAUCAGUGUUACAAGCUGACCCAACAGGGAGUGCACAAGGUAGCAGACCUGUCGUCCACUCAGGAAGAGGCUGACACCCGUAUGCUACUCCAUGCUUGCCAUGCUUCAAGGACUCGUCACAAAUCUGUCCUCCUUGUGUCUGAUGACACUGAUGUCUUCGAGAUAAGCCUGGCUACCAGUGACGCACUCACAUGUGACCUGUUCCUGAAGACAGGGACAAAGAAUCGCACCAGUUACGUAAACAUCUCACAACUCGCUCGUGGUCUGGGUUCACAGUUGUGUCAGGCUUUGCCUGUUUUACACGCAUACACAGGCUGCGACACUGUAAGUAUAUUUGCAGGUUGUGGUAAAGUGUCAGCCCUAAAACUUCUUCAGAAGAAUGAAAAUUUCUGGGAGACCUUUCAGAAGGUUGGGGCAGACUGGACAAUGACACCUGAGUUGUAUGCAGCCUUUCACGAGUUCACAUGUCAAAUGUACAGCUCCAAGUCCAGAAUCACCAACAUCAAUGAAAUGAGCCUCCCCAGAACACACAGAGAUGGUGCAGCAGUGCUGACCUCCUGUAACUUUAACCAGGACAGUGAGCCAUUCUGCAGGUUCAGUCAGGACUCCACAGAUAACAGUGACUGGACCCGACACAAAGGCCCAACCCCGACACCUGGUACAGGCCCCAGUGGAGACUACCCUGAUGGAAAGGGAUACUAUAUCUACCAUGAGUGUGACAAUGUGGCAAAUGGACAGAAAGCUCGCCUGCUCAGUCCUGUCCUCACAUCAUCGGCCUCUGAGAUCUGUGUCAAGUUCCAAUACUACAUGUACGGCUCUGACAGUUACAAUGUGUUGAGGGUUCUGGCCAGGAGAUCUGGCAGUGAUGAAGAGGUUUGGAAGAAGACUGGUAUCCAGAGUCCAUCCUGGCUAGAGGGUUCCAUCACCGUGCCCAAACCCAGCAGUCAGAGCGUCACUAUUGUAUUUGAGGCUCAGAGAGGAAUGUCUGCUUCAUGUGACUCAGCUCUUGACAACAUUGUCAUCACUGAAGGAGCAUGUCCUUCUUGCGUUUAUGGCUGUGAUUUUGACACCUUGGAUGAUUUGUGUGGAUGGACAACUAUAACAGAAAAUCCAGAUGCGUUUGGUUUCAGUCAGUGGCUUGGGCCGACAGACACUGAAGGCACUGGACCCGAGGAUGACUUCUCCAAGCCUGGGUUGGGCGCCUAUAUGUUGAUGGAUUCUUUUGACGCUAUCCCUGGAGACCAGAGUCAGAUCAGAAGUCCUUUAGUAACCCCGUCCUCGGGAUGUCUGGACCUCAUGUUUCACUACUACCUGUACGGCACCAGCACCAACAUGCAGAUCAGUGUUCACACCAUCAGCACAGGUGGAACUCUUGGACCUGCUCUUUUCACUGUCAAGGGGAAUCAGGGCCAAGCCUGGAAACCUGCACAAGUCCGCUACCUGGGAUCUGCUGCCAUUCAGUUUGUGAUAGUGGGUACCUAUGGAGAAACUCCUGAGACAGAUAUUGCUAUUGAUGCCGUGUGUGUCAUGACCUGCAAAGCUGAGCAAACAACACCUCUACCACCGGUUACAUCUCCAACUACACCUAAACCAUCAACUCCCAGUCCAACUACACCUAAACCAUCAACUCCCAGACCAACUACACCUAAACCAUCAACUCCCAGACCAACUACACCUAAACCAUCAACUCCCAGUCCAACUACACCUAAACCAUCAACUCCCAGACCAACUACACCUAAACCAUCAACUCCCAGUCCAACUACACCUAAACCAUCAACUCCAGUACCAACUACACCCAAACCAACAACUGCCAGACCAACUACACCCAAACCAACAACUGCCAGACCAACAACCAAGCCACCAAGUAUGACAUGUCCUUCCCUUAUAUAUUCCAUUCAACCAAUUCCUUUGUCUCUGUGCCGUACAGACCCAUGCCCUCCUAAUGCAGAGUAUAUAGACUGUGGUCCAGCUUGUAUCCCUACCUGUCAGGAGCCUUCCACCAACUGUACUGGUUCUUGCAUAAGUGGCUGCUUCUGCAAACCAGGGUUUGUCUUCAAGGGAUCCCGCUGUGUGCCACUGGAGAAAUGUGGCUGCCUGGAUGACCAGAAUAACUAUUAUGAGCCUGGUGAGAUCAUAUUUGGAGAUGGCUGCUCAAAGCUGUGUCGCUGUGCAGGGAACUACACUUUGGAAUGUCUCGAUAACUCCUGUGACCCAACUGAAGAGUGCCGUGAGGUUAAUGGUGUUUCAGGCUGCUAUCCUAAAGGUACAUCUACAUGCAUAGCGUCUGGUGAUCCCCAUUACACCACCUUUGACAAACGCAAGUACAACUUCAUGGGCAACUGCAGCUAUUUGAUGUCUGGACCCUGCAAUCAAACAACUCUUCCACACUUUGAGGUCCAUGCUGACAAUGAGAAUCGCUUUAACAGGCCCACUAUCUCCUAUUUGAAGGCUGUACAUGUACAUGUACACAUGGUGAAGAUCUCCAUCCUCAAAGGUGGCACUGUGCAGGUGAAUGGGACCAAUACAAACCUGCCAGUUACACCAGUCCCUGGUGUGUCUGUGUUCAAGUCAGGAAAGCACUACACUGUGUCCAUGAACUUUGGUGUGACUGUUCGCUAUGAUGGAAAUCACUUCAUGGAUAUCAAAGUAAUCAAAGACUAUCAGGACAAGCUGUGUGGAUUGUGUGGAGAUUACAAUGGAGUUACCAAAGAUGACUUCCGUAAACCAGAUGGGUUGUUGGCCACCAAUCCAAAAGACUUUGGAGACAGCUGGAACACUGAUCCAGAGUGUAAUAAGAAACCCAACACCACCAUCCCUGAAUGUGAUGAAGAUGAGCAGGAACUAUAUGAGAGCUCUGGAUAUUGUGGCAUCCUCCUGGACAAAAAGGGUCCAUUUGCUGUGUGUCACCGCAAAGUCAACCCCAAUAAUUACUUCAAGGACUGCAUCUUUGACCUGUGUGAGCUGGAUGGAGCCAAGCCCAUUCUGUGUGAGGCCAUCGAAGCCUAUGUCAAUGAAUGCCAGGACCGUGGGGUCAACAUUGGACCCUGGAGGAAUGAAACCUUCUGCCCCCUGAGUUGCCCCCCCAACAGCCACUAUGAGCCUUGUGCAGACCCUUGUCAGGAGACAUGUUCUGGGAAACCUCCCUCCUGCAUCGGGCCCUGCUCUGAGGCCUGUGUGUGUGAUCCUGGCUAUGUCCUGAGUGCCGGCAAAUGUGUUAGGAGGAGUUCAUGUGGCUGCACAUACACCAAUGGGCAGUAUUAUGAGCCUGGAGAGGAGUUUUAUGUGGAGGACUGUAAGCUGAAGUGUAUGUGUGACGCUCCCUUCGUUACCUGUACGGCCUCUGAAUGUCCCCCAAUGCACGAAUGUAAACUCCAGGAUGGAGACCUGGGCUGCUUUCCCACUGGUACAUCUACAUGCAUAGCGUCUGGUGAUCCCCAUUACACCACCUUUGACAAACGCAAGUACAACUUCAUGGGCAACUGCAGCUAUUUGAUGUCUGGACCCUGCAAUCAAACAACUCUUCCACACUUUGAGGUCCAUGCUGACAAUGAGAAUCGCUUUAACAGGCCCACUAUCUCCUAUUUGAAGGCUGUACAUGUACAUGUACACAUGGUGAAGAUCUCCAUCCUCAAAGGUGGCACUGUGCAGGUGAAUGGGACCAAUACAAACCUGCCAGUUACACCAGUCCCUGGUGUGUCUGUGUUCAAGUCAGGAAAGCACUACACUGUGUCCAUGAACUUUGGUGUGACUGUUCGCUAUGAUGGAAAUCACUUCAUGGAUAUCAAAGUAAUCAAAGACUAUCAGGACAAGCUGUGUGGAUUGUGUGGAGAUUACAAUGGAGUUACCAAAGAUGACUUCCGUAAACCAGAUGGGUUGUUGGCCACCAAUCCAAAAGACUUUGGAGACAGCUGGAACACUGAUCCAGAGUGUAAUAAGAAACCCAACACCACCAUCCCUGAAUGUGAUGAAGAUGAGCAGGAACUAUAUGAGAGCUCUGGAUAUUGUGGCAUCCUCCUGGACAAAAAGGGUCCAUUUGCUGUGUGUCACCGCAAAGUCAACCCCAAUAAUUACUUCAAGGACUGCAUCUUUGACCUGUGUGAGCUGGAUGGAGCCAAGCCCAUUCUGUGUGAGGCCAUCGAAGCCUAUGUCAAUGAAUGCCAGGACCGUGGGGUCAACAUUGGACCCUGGAGGAAUGAAACCUUCUGCCCCCUGAGUUGCCCCCCCAACAGCCACUAUGAGCCUUGUGCAGACCCUUGUCAGGAGACAUGUUCUGGGAAACCUCCCUCCUGCAUCGGGCCCUGCUCUGAGGCCUGUGUGUGUGAUCCUGGCUAUGUCCUGAGUGCCGGCAAAUGUGUUAGGAGGAGUUCAUGUGGCUGCACAUACACCAAUGGGCAGUAUUAUGAGCCUGGAGAGGAGUUUUAUGUGGAGGACUGUAAGCUAAAGUGUAUGUGUGACGCUCCCUUCGUUACCUGUACGGCCUCUGAAUGUCCCCCAAUGCACGAAUGUAAACUCCAGGAUGGAGACCUGGGCUGCUUUCCCACUGACCCAUGCCCUCCUAAUGCAGAGUAUAUAGACUGUGGUCCAGCUUGUAUCCCUACCUGUCAGGAGCCUUCCACCAACUGUACUGGUUCUUGCAUAAGUGGCUGCUUCUGCAAACCAGGGUUUGUCUUCAAGGGAUCCCGCUGUGUGCCACUGGAGAAAUGUGGCUGCCUGGAUGACCAGAAUAACUAUUAUGAGCCUGGUGAGAUCAUAUUUGGAGAUGGCUGCUCAAAGCUGUGUCGCUGUGCAGGGAACUACACUUUGGAAUGUCUCGAUAACUCCUGUGACCCAACUGAAGAGUGCCGUGAGGUUAAUGGUGUUUCAGGCUGCUAUCCUAAAGGUACAUCUACAUGCAUAGCGUCUGGUGAUCCCCAUUACACCACCUUUGACAAACGCAAGUACAACUUCAUGGGCAACUGCAGCUAUUUGAUGUCUGGACCCUGCAAUCAAACAACUCUUCCACACUUUGAGGUCCAUGCUGACAAUGAGAAUCGCUUUAACAGGCCCACUAUCUCCUAUUUGAAGGCUGUACAUGUACAUGUACACAUGGUGAAGAUCUCCAUCCUCAAAGGUGGCACUGUGCAGGUGAAUGGGACCAAUACAAACCUGCCAGUUACACCAGUCCCUGGUGUGUCUGUGUUCAAGUCAGGAAAGCACUACACUGUGUCCAUGAACUUUGGUGUGACUGUUCGCUAUGAUGGAAAUCACUUCAUGGAUAUCAAAGUAAUCAAAGACUAUCAGGACAAGCUGUGUGGAUUGUGUGGAGAUUACAAUGGAGUUACCAAAGAUGACUUCCGUAAACCAGAUGGGUUGUUGGCCACCAAUCCAAAAGACUUUGGAGACAGCUGGAACACUGAUCCAGAGUGUAAUAAGAAACCCAACACCACCAUCCCUGAAUGUGAUGAAGAUGAGCAGGAACUAUAUGAGAGCUCUGGAUAUUGUGGCAUCCUCCUGGACAAAAAGGGUCCAUUUGCUGUGUGUCACCGCAAAGUCAACCCCAAUAAUUACUUCAAGGACUGCAUCUUUGACCUGUGUGAGCUGGAUGGAGCCAAGCCCAUUCUGUGUGAGGCCAUCGAAGCCUAUGUCAAUGAAUGCCAGGACCGUGGGGUCAACAUUGGACCCUGGAGGAAUGAAACCUUCUGCCCCCUGAGUUGCCCCCCCAACAGCCACUAUGAGCCUUGUGCAGACCCUUGUCAGGAGACAUGUUCUGGGAAACCUCCCUCCUGCAUCGGGCCCUGCUCUGAGGCCUGUGUGUGUGAUCCUGGCUAUGUCCUGAGUGCCGGCAAAUGUGUUAGGAGGAGUUCAUGUGGCUGCACAUACACCAAUGGGCAGUAUUAUGAGCCUGGAGAGGAGUUUUAUGUGGAGGACUGUAAGCUGAAGUGUAUGUGUGACGCUCCCUUCGUUACCUGUACGGCCUCUGAAUGUCCCCCAAUGCACGAAUGUAAACUCCAGGAUGGAGACCUGGGCUGCUUUCCCACUGGUACAUCUACAUGCAUAGCGUCUGGUGAUCCCCAUUACACCACCUUUGACAAACGCAAGUACAACUUCAUGGGCAACUGCAGCUAUUUGAUGUCUGGACCCUGCAAUCAAACAACUCUUCCACACUUUGAGGUCCAUGCUGACAAUGAGAAUCGCUUUAACAGGCCCACUAUCUCCUAUUUGAAGGCUGUACAUGUACAUGUACACAUGGUGAAGAUCUCCAUCCUCAAAGGUGGCACUGUGCAGGUGAAUGGGACCAAUACAAACCUGCCAGUUACACCAGUCCCUGGUGUGUCUGUGUUCAAGUCAGGAAAGCACUACACUGUGUCCAUGAACUUUGGUGUGACUGUUCGCUAUGAUGGAAAUCACUUCAUGGAUAUCAAAGUAAUCAAAGACUAUCAGGACAAGCUGUGUGGAUUGUGUGGAGAUUACAAUGGAGUUACCAAAGAUGACUUCCGUAAACCAGAUGGGUUGUUGGCCACCAAUCCAAAAGACUUUGGAGACAGCUGGAACACUGAUCCAGAGUGUAAUAAGAAACCCAACACCACCAUCCCUGAAUGUGAUGAAGAUGAGCAGGAACUAUAUGAGAGCUCUGGAUAUUGUGGCAUCCUCCUGGACAAAAAGGGUCCAUUUGCUGUGUGUCACCGCAAAGUCAACCCCAAUAAUUACUUCAAGGACUGCAUCUUUGACCUGUGUGAGCUGGAUGGAGCCAAGCCCAUUCUGUGUGAGGCCAUCGAAGCCUAUGUCAAUGAAUGCCAGGACCGUGGGGUCAACAUUGGACCCUGGAGGAAUGAAACCUUCUGCCCCCUGAGUUGCCCCCCCAACAGCCACUAUGAGCCUUGUGCAGACCCUUGUCAGGAGACAUGUUCUGGGAAACCUCCCUCCUGCAUCGGGCCCUGCUCUGAGGCCUGUGUGUGUGAUCCUGGCUAUGUCCUGAGUGCCGGCAAAUGUGUUAGGAGGAGUUCAUGUGGCUGCACAUACACCAAUGGGCAGUAUUAUGAGCCUGGAGAGGAGUUUUAUGUGGAGGACUGUAAGCUGAAGUGUAGGUGUGACACUCCCUUCGUUACCUGUACGGCCUCUGAAUGUCCCCCAAUGCACGAAUGUAAACUCCAGGGUGGAGACCUGGGCUGCUUUCCCACUGACCCAUGCCCUCCUAAUGCAGAGUAUAUAGACUGUGGUCCAGCUUGUAUCCCUACCUGUCAGGAGCCUUCCACCAACUGUACUGGUUCUUGCAUAAGUGGCUGCUUCUGCAAACCAGGGUUUGUCUUCAAGGGAUCCCGCUGUGUGCCACUGGAGAAAUGUGGCUGCCUGGAUGACCAGAAUAACUAUUAUGAGCCUGGUGAGAUCAUAUUUGGAGAUGGCUGCUCAAAGCUGUGUCGCUGUGCAGGGAACUACACUUUGGAAUGUCUCGAUAACUCCUGUGACCCAACUGAAGAGUGCCGUGAGGUUAAUGGUGUUUCAGGCUGCUAUCCUAAAGGUACAUCUACAUGCAUAGCGUCUGGUGAUCCCCAUUACACCACCUUUGACAAACGCAAGUACAACUUCAUGGGCAACUGCAGCUAUUUGAUGUCUGGACCCUGCAAUCAAACAACUCUUCCACACUUUGAGGUCCAUGCUGACAAUGAGAAUCGCUUUAACAGGCCCACUAUCUCCUAUUUGAAGGCUGUACAUGUACAUGUACACAUGGUGAAGAUCUCCAUCCUCAAAGGUGGCACUGUGCAGGUGAAUGGGACCAAUACAAACCUGCCAGUUACACCAGUCCCUGGUGUGUCUGUGUUCAAGUCAGGAAAGCACUACACUGUGUCCAUGAACUUUGGUGUGACUGUUCGCUAUGAUGGAAAUCACUUCAUGGAUAUCAAAGUAAUCAAAGACUAUCAGGACAAGCUGUGUGGAUUGUGUGGAGAUUACAAUGGAGUUACCAAAGAUGACUUCCGUAAACCAGAUGGGUUGUUGGCCACCAAUCCAAAAGACUUUGGAGACAGCUGGAACACUGAUCCAGAGUGUAAUAAGAAACCCAACACCACCAUCCCUGAAUGUGAUGAAGAUGAGCAGGAACUAUAUGAGAGCUCUGGAUAUUGUGGCAUCCUCCUGGACAAAAAGGGUCCAUUUGCUGUGUGUCACCGCAAAGUCAACCCCAAUAAUUACUUCAAGGACUGCAUCUUUGACCUGUGUGAGCUGGAUGGAGCCAAGCCCAUUCUGUGUGAGGCCAUCGAAGCCUAUGUCAAUGAAUGCCAGGACCGUGGGGUCAACAUUGGACCCUGGAGGAAUGAAACCUUCUGCCCCCUGAGUUGCCCCCCCAACAGCCACUAUGAGCCUUGUGCAGACCCUUGUCAGGAGACAUGUUCUGGGAAACCUCCCUCCUGCAUCGGGCCCUGCUCUGAGGCCUGUGUGUGUGAUCCUGGCUAUGUCCUGAGUGCCGGCAAAUGUGUUAGGAGGAGUUCAUGUGGCUGCACAUACACCAAUGGGCAGUAUUAUGAGCCUGGAGAGGAGUUUUAUGUGGAGGACUGUAAGCUGAAGUGUAGGUGUGACGCUCCCUUCGUUACCUGUACGGCCUCUGAAUGUCCCCCAAUGCACGAAUGUAAAUUCCAGGAUGGAGACCUGGGCUGCUUUCCCACUGGCUCUCAGGACUGUGUGGUAUCUGGAGAUCCUCACUACAACACAUUUGACAAGAAGUUCUACAGCUUCAUGGGAACAUGUACCUACACGCUGGCCAGAACCUGCAAGAACAACACAGGUCCUUGGUUCUCAGUGGAGGGGAAAAAUGAGGAGAGAGGAGUGACAGGUGUAUCUUACCUGAGAAAGCUCUACAUCACUGUGAAUGGAAUCACUGUGACAUUGAUGAAAGCAAGAAGGACUCUGGUUAACGGACGGCGGGUGGCCCUCCCUCACUCCCCUUCUCCUCUCAUGUCUCUCAGUCUUGCUGGUCAGUACAUCACCCUGCAGACAACCUUUGGCCUCCAGGUACGCUGGGAUGGGAACCAUUACGCCAAGAUCUCAGUUCCCAGCUCCUACUAUGACCAGAUGUGUGGUUUGUGUGGUGACUAUGAUGGAAAUGGAGACAAUGAUUUCACCACACCAGAUGGCACUCUGUUAGGAAAUGUCAAUGACUUCUGCAACAGCUGGCAGACAGAAGAUGAUGAGGAUGACUCGUGUACCCCGGGCACCAAGCCUGACCCAGACUGUGACCCCAAACUCGAGGCUGAGGUGGUGAAACCAGACAAGUGUGGCAAAAUCAACAUUUCUGAUGGUCCCUUCAGGGAGUGUAUCAGUGUGGUGGAUCCCACUCCCUUCUUCCAGAGCUGUGUGUAUGACAUGUGUCAGUUCAAUGGCCAGCAGAAUGUUCUGUGUGACCAGCUCCAGGCCUACACUGAUGCCUGCCAGAGUGCUGGAGCCAAAGUCCACCAGUGGAGGACUCCAGACUUCUGUGCACUGGCCUGUCCUCCCAACAGCUCCUACUCUCUGUGUGUGAGUUCCUGUCCAGAGACAUGUCUGGGUGUGGUCGGACCGCCCGGCUGUGAGGACGUGUGUGUGGAGGGUUGUGAGUGUAAUCCAGGAUUCAUCCUCAGCAAUGAUAAAUGUGUGUCACUGAAAGACUGUGGUUGUGUGGACACCAGUGGAGACUAUCACCCUGUGGGUGAUGACUGGUACUUGCCAGGUUGUGAGCAGAAGUGUGAAUGUCACAGUGGAGGUUUGAUCCAGUGUCGCAACAGCAGCUGUAAACCAACCACUGAGAGCUGCCAGCUACAAGAUGGAGAGUAUGAGUGCCGCCCUCUGGGAAACGGUAUCUGCUCAGUGUCUGGGGACCCUCAUUACACCACCUUCGACAAACGCACCCACCAUUAUAUGGGAGCCUGCUCCUACACCUUGACAAAACCAUGCAACAUCUCCUCUGGCUUGCCAUACUUCACUGUGGACACCCAGAAUGAGCUCAGAGGAAGUAACAAGAAGGUUUCCUAUGUCAGGGCUGUGGUGAUCAAUGUGAGCGGUGAGACCGUCAUCCUUGGCAAGGGCCGCACUGUGCAGGUCAAUGGGACAGUGGUCGUCCCACCUGUCACCUCCAUCAAUGAAGUGAAGAUCUACUUGAGUGGCAAGUUUGUUGUCCUGGAGACAUCCUUUGGCCUAAGGGUGCGUUUCGAUGGUAACCAUCAUGCUGAUGUCACAGUGCCAACCUCCUACAGUGGUCUGCUUUGUGGAAUGUGUGGAAAUUUCAAUGGAAACCCUAAAGAUGACAACAUGAAACCAGACAAAACAUCCGCUGACAACACUAAUGAGCUUGGAGACAGCUGGCAGGUUCCUGACCCACGGCCCGACUGCACCAACGGUGGCGGACAUGAGGACUGUGACGAAGAAGUGGAUGAGGAGGCCAACAAGCCCACCAGCUGCGGAAUGAUUACUGAUCCCAAUGGUAUCUUUAAGCCCUGCCACUCUGUAGUACCUCCCGAACCCUACUUUGAAAACUGUGUGUACGACAUGUGUGCCACCGGAGGCCAGACAGUAGCUCUGUGCCAAGCCAUAGAAAGCUAUGCUGACAUGUGUGCUGCUGCUGGAGUCCCCAUCACAUGGAGAAACAACACCUUCUGUCCUUUGAAAUGCCCCCCAAACAGUCAUUACACACCAUGUGGCCCUGCUUGCCCCCAGCCCAGUUGUCAGGACCCUGCAGGUCCAGGUGGCUCCUGCAACGAGCCCUGUGUGGAAGGAUGCAACUGUAACCCCGGGUUCGUCCUCAGUGGAGACAAAUGUGUCCCACUUAGUGAGUGUGGAUGUACUGAUGAAGAUGGAAAGUACAGGCCGGCUGGAGACUCUUGGUUCACAGAGAUGGACUGUUCAGAGCGCUGUAAGUGUAACGGCAACAACAAUGUAACCUGCGAGCCCUGGCAGUGCAGCCCUGCACAGGAGUGUAAAGUGGUGGAAGGAGUGUUGGACUGCCACUCUACAGGUAAAGGAGUGUGUCACGUGGCUGGAGAUCCUCACUACUACACCUUUGACAAUGUGAUGCACACCUUCAUGGGUACCUGCACUUAUACUUUGGUGGAGGUGUGUAACGUCACCAACGCAACUCCAUUCAGGAUAGUGGCUAAAAAUGAAGAGCGUGGACAACCAGAGGCCUCUUAUGUUCGCUCGGUGAAGGUCUACCUCCCUCAUGACACUGAGGUUGAACUGAUGAAGAGCCGCAGAGUUCUGCUAAAUGGACGGCGAGUGCGAACCCCUCUUUCCAUUAACGCAGCUGGAGCUAAGGUGAUAACAAGUGGAUCCUACAGUCUGCUGGAUACAAACUUUGGUCUUCAGGUGAAGUUUGACGGAGUCCAUCACCUGGAGAUCACUGUGCCUGGAGAAUACUUCAACAAGCUGUGUGGCAUGUGUGGGAACUACAACCACAAUUCAUCUGACGACAACCUGAUGCCCAACAAGAAACCAGCCAAGGAUGUGAUUGAACUGGGCAACAGCUGGAAAUCAGAUGGAGACAGUGAUCCUGGCUGUCAGCCAGACACUCGUCCAGACAUCCAUCCCAACUGUACCACACAGGAAGAGAAGCUGUACGAGGCUCAGUGUGCUGAGGUCAUCCUCUCCGACCGCUUCAAGCCCUGCCACUCUCUGGUGCCCCCCGAGGCUUUCUUGGGUAACUGUGUCUAUGACAUGUGUGAGUAUGACGGCAUGCAGACGACACUCUGUGAUAACGUGGAUGCAUACGCUCAGGCCUGUCAGAGCUCUGGAGUCACCAUCAGCUGGAGAAACAACACCUUCUGUCCCCUACCCUGCCCUCCAAACAGCCACUAUUCAGACUGCAGCGCACCAUGCCCCCCCACCUGCUCCGACCUCUUCCCCAUGUCCUGUCACCUCCCCCCUACUGCCUGUGUGGAGGGCUGCCAGUGUGAUGCUGGCUUUGUCCUCAGUGACAGCAGGUGUGUCCGUCUGGACCAGUGUGGCUGUCUGACCUCAGAUGGAGAGUACCAUGAUGUGGGAGACUCGUGGCUGACAGAUACAUGUGCUGACUCAUGUACUUGUAACCUUGGUGGCAAAAUUGCAUGUAGAGACCACAACUGUAAUUCCAACUCAGUGUGUGCCCUAGACAAAUAUGGAGACCUCUACUGCAAACCCACAAAGUUUGAAAAAUGCAGCAUCUCUGGGGAUCCUCACUACCGAACAUUUGACAAAUUCACCCAUCACUUCCAAGGGCCUUACACCUACGUCCUGACUCAGGGCCACAACCUGCCGAACUCACUGUCGCCACUGGUGGUCAGGGGGAAGAACAUCAGACGUGGGGGGAACAGAAGGGUGUCAUUCCUUGAUCAGAUGUACAUUGACGUUUACGGUGUAAAUGUCCGCUUCCUGCAGAAGAAGGAAGUCUUGGUGAAUGGGGAACGUGUUGCACCUCCUCUCAGUCCAGUUGAUGGUUUGAGCAUUACGAUGAACUCCAGGCAGGUCCAGCUCACCACUGACUUUGGACUCACUGUACGAUUUGAUGGCAACAUUCGCGGAGAGAUCAUACUGCCCAGCACCUAUAAAAACUCUGUCAGAGGGCUGUGUGGAAACUUUGACGGCAUCACCAGAAACGAGUACAUGAAGCCAGAUGGGACAGUCAUCAGGGACCUGAAUGCAUUCGGAGAAAGCUGGAGAGUCACUGACAGACAGGCUGAAGGACUGGCGACCUAUGACCUCCCUAAAUCAGUUCAUGCUCACAGGCGAGAUGUGGAGACAGAUCCAGAUUCAGGAUUUGAGACAUCAGACUGCUCUCAGUCUCAGCUCAAUGACUUCAACAGUUUAACUCAGUGUGGAGCCCUGUCUGACUCCAAGGGACCAUUUGCUGCAUGCCACACCACCCUGCCACCCAAAACCUAUCAGGAUGACUGUGUGUUUGACCUGUGUGCUGAGCAAGGCAACGCAGCACUGCGCUGUGCCAGUUAUGAGGCGUACGUUGCAGCCUGUCAGGAGGCAGGAGUAAAACUGGGAUACUGGAGGCAGCAGCUGGACUGUGCUCUCUCCUGUGGUGGCAACAGCACCUACUCCUCUUGUAUGUCACCUUGCCCCGCUUCCUGCGCCAACCUGGCAGCACCCUCCGAGUGUGACACCACUUCUUGUAUGGAGGGGUGCCAAUGUGCUGCAGGCUUCGUCAUGAGUGAGGGAAUCUGUGUGCCAUACACACAGUGUGGCUGCACCUUCCUUGACAGAUACUACCCUCUAAAGGAGAAGUUUGUGACUGAAGACUGCUCUCAGUCCUGUGAAUGCAGCAGCACCGGCUCUGUGUGCCAACCUAAAACCUGCCAGCCCAACGAUGUUUGCACCAUCUACGACUUUAAACGUGACUGCUUCAGAGCGAGCCCCUGUCUCAGUUCCCCUUGUCAGAAUGGAGGAACAUGUAAGGAGAGCAGCAACACCACGUACACAUGCCAGUGUGCUGAGGGCUUCGAGGGCACAAAUUGUGAGGUGGAGAUCACACAGACUGGAGGACUUGAAACCAAAUGGAUCAUCCUGAUUGCGGUCCUGGUCUCAGUGGCUGUCAUCAUCAUUAUUGUGACAACAAUUGUGUGUGUGUGCAAAUGCAAAUCCAAGAAAAUCAAGCGUGAGGAGCAAAAACUCAGCAUGAAACCCACAAGUAAGAAUGAUCACUAUGACUACAACUCCUGUGCAGGUUUUCCAUACACAAACAUCGAUGACCAAAGAAAUGAAAAAUUGACAAAACUGUGA